AAAGGCGCCUUUCCAAAUUUCGCCUCCCUCUUUCUCUCUACUUAAAAUCUCUCUCUCUCUCUCUCUCUCUCUCUCUCUCUCUCUCUCGCUUCCUUCAUCACAUCAUCAUCAGAUCUCGAAACUCACCCACUCACCUAGAGAAUGAAUCGCGAAGACGUUCAACUCCCCUGCGACGCCGAUGACGUAUGCAUGCGCUGCAAAGCCAAGAUCCCCUCCGAAGAGUGCCUCACGUGCGGCACGUGCGUCACUCCCUGGCACGUGGCGUGUCUCCGAUCCCCUCCCUCCACCCUCGCCUCCACCCAGUCUUGGGAGUGCCCCGACUGCUCCGGCGACGUCGUCGAUCCCGCCCCUGUCUCCGGCCUAAACCCCGGCGGCUUGAGUCUGGUGGCCAAGGUCCGCGCGAUCGAGGCCGACGCCUCUCUGAACGAGGCCCAGAAAGCCAAGAAGAGGCAGCAGCUGGUUAGCGGCGGCAAAGCCGUCGAGGAGGAAGAGGAGAAGAAAGAGGAAGAGUCGUCAUCAGAUGACUUUCUCGUUUCCCUUCGAAAGAACGUUAGCUGCUCUAUAUGUCUCCACUUGCCUGAGAGGCCCGUUACGACACCGUGCGGGCACAAUUUCUGUCUAAAGUGUUUUCAGAAAUGGGUUGUUGGCAAAAGGAAGCCAACAUGCGUGACGUGUCGAGCUUCGAUACCCAAGAAGGUGGCGGAUAAUCCCAGAAUCAACUCCAUCCUCGUCUCGGCUAUCCGUCUAGCCAUGGUCUCCAAGUCCACUACUGUUUCGAAUACGAAAACUUACCAGUUCAUCAGAAACAUGGACCGGCCUGAGAAGGCGUUUACUACAGAGAGGGCUAAGAAGACGGGGAAGGCUAACGCUUGUAGUGGGAGGAUAUACGUGACCGUGCCGUCUGAUCAUUUUGGGCCUAUUUUGGCGGAGAAUGAUCCGGAGAGGAACCAGGGCGUUUUGGUUGGGGAGUCUUGGGAGGAUAGACAGGAGUGUCGGCAGUGGGGAGCUCACUUCCCGCAUGUUGCUGGGAUUGGUGGACAGUCGAGUCAUGGAGCUCAGUCUGUGGCGCUCUCUGGAGGUUACAAGGAUGAUGAGGAUCAUGGAGAGUGGUUUCUCUAUACUGGAAGUGGAGGAAGAGAUCUGACGGGGAACAAGAGAACCAACAAAGAUCAGGCGUUUGAUCAGAAGUUUACAAAGUCAAAUGAAGCUCUGAGGAUUAGUUGCAAAAUGGGCUAUCCUGUAAGGGUUGUCAGGUCUCACAAGGAGAAGCGUUCUGCGUAUGCCCCUGCGGAGAAAAGUGUGAGAUACGAUGGAGUCUACAGGAUUGAAAAGUGCUGGCGAAAAGUUGGAGUUCAGGGCAAGAGAGUUUGUCGUUACCUUUUUGUCAGGUGUGACAACGAACCAGCCCCAUGGACCAGUGAUGAGCAUGGUGAUCGUCCACGACCUCUGCCUUCUAUUCCAGAGCUUAAGAAGGCUACUGAGAUGUUUGUGAGAAAGGAAAGCCCAUCAUGGGAUUUUGAUGAAGCUGAUGGUCGUUGGAAGUGGAUGAAGUCUCCACCUGCUAGCAAAAAGGCGAUUGCUGCUUUGGAUCCUGCAGAGAGGAAGAGGGCGAGGAAGGGGGCAGGAAACAAUAGGGACAAAUUUCUCAAAGAAUUUGGUUGCCAAAUCUGUCGGGAAGUCAUGAGCUCUCCUGUGACGACGCCUUGCGCUCACAACUUCUGCAAGGAAUGCCUAACUGGUAAAUUUGCUGGGAUAACUCAAGUGAGGCAGAGAAGCAGAGGUGGGCGCACUCUACGUGCACAGAAGAACGUCAUGAAAUGUCCUUGCUGCCCAAAUGACAUUUCUGACUUCCUUCAGAACCCACAGGUGAAUAGGGAAUUGAUGGAUGUGAUAGAGGAGGUGAAGAAGAAGAAAGAGUUGGAGGAGCGAGAAGAUGAAGUAAACUCUGAAAAUUCCGCUGAAGGAGGAGGAAACACAGGAUCUGAAGAAGAAGAAGAAGAUCAAGAGGAAGAGGAGGAAGAAGACGAAGAAGAGGAGGAAGAAGACGAAGAAGAGGUUCAUGUUUCCGAAGAUGAGCCAGCAGCCAAGAAGAUCAAACUCUCAGCUUAAAUUAUGAACUCUCUGUUGUGGUUUUAAUACUUUUCGGUGUACUUAUUGCAAACUUAUUUAUUUUGGUAUUUAUGUUGACAAACAUGUCACUUUAGUUCUAAUAUCCUCUAUAUAAGUAUUAUAAGUUAUGCUU